GGAGUCAGCCUACCACGUGACGGCCGCGGCAAAUCAGACGGUUCCAGCAGCUAAAUUCUGCGAGACGAAAGCGCCGCGCGGCGCCACCAUCCCCAUCGUUCGUCCUCCAGAGAGCAUUGCGAGAGAAGCCGCCCACGCUGAUCGUUUUGGGUGGCUAUAUAUCUGUCUGUCCCGGCGGCAAAGCUGGCGCCCCGAAAACACAGGCGGUCGCGGGCACGGCAACGUGCAGUCGCCUUCUUUUUGCCUUGUUUUUGUGCAGGAGGGCCGAGGAGGGGAAACGGCGGCCCAAGUAACGCCUCGCCUUCGUCGUCUGCCUCGCAUUCCCAUAGUCCUCAAAGCAGGCAAGCAGCCACCGGAGACGGCAUCAAGUGGUUGCAGAAGGCAGGGCAUAGCAUGGGGGGCAGAAGGUGGCAGCUGGAUGCUGCCGCUGUGAUCUUCAGGCUCCUACUUCUACACGGCGCCUUCCUCUUCCAGUUGGCAACGUCGCAGUCGUUCAUCGGAGUAAACUACGGGACGAUCGCGGACAACCUGCCGCCCGCGGCGUCUACGGCCAGCCUGCUCACGUCGACGUCCAUCGGCAAGCUCCGCCUCUACGAGCCCCAACCGGACCUCGUCGCCGCGCUCGCGGGGUCCAACAUCUCCAUCCUCCUCGGCGUCCCCAACUCCGACGUCCCGAGCCUCGCCGCCUCCCCGGCCGCCGCGGCGUCGUGGGCGGCCGCGAACAUCCCGACCACGGUGUCCGUCUCCGCCAUCUCCGUCGGCAACGAGCUGCUCAACUCCGGCGACCCCACGCUCGCGCCCCAGCUCCUCCCCGCCAUGCAGAACCUCCUGGCCGCGCUCCCCGCCGGCUCGACCACCAAGGUUUCCACGGUGCACUCGAUGGCGGUGCUGGCGGCGUCGGACCCGCCGUCCUCCGGCGCGUUCCACCCGGACCUCGCCGGGAGCCUGGACCCGGUGCUGGACUUCCUGCGGCAGAACGGCUCGCCGUUCAUGAUCAACCCGUACCCGUACUUCGCGUACGCGUCCGACACGCGGGACGAGACGCUGGCCUUCUGCCUGUUCCAGCCCAACCCGGGCCGCGUGGACGCCGCGUCGGGGCUGACCUACAUGAACAUGUUCGACGCGCAGCUCGACGCCGUCCGGGCGGCGCUGGACGGCAAGGGGUACGCGGGCGUGGACAUCGUCAUCGCCGAGACCGGGUGGCCGUACAGGGGGGACGCCGACGAGGCCGGCGCCACGCCAGACAACGCCAGGGCGUACAACGGCAACCUCGUGGCGCACCUCAGGUCGCAGGUGGGCACGCCGCGGACGCCCGGCAGGUCGGUGGACACGUACCUCUUCGCGCUCUACGACGAGGACCUCAAGCCCGGGCCCGUGUCGGAGCGGUCGUUCGGGCUGUACCAGGCCGACCUCACGGCCAACUACGACAUCGGGCUCGCCAAAGGCAGCGCCAGCCCCAGCACGUCCGGCCAGAUCGGCAUCACCGCAGCUCCGGCGCAGGGUGCGCCGCAGGCAACGAGGGGGGCGACGCCGGCGGGGUACUGUGUGACGACGGGCAGCGUGCCGGGGGGCACGCAGCAGGUGCAGCAGCAGAGCAGCUCGUGCUACGUCCCGGGAACAGCAGCAUCGCCGAGAGCUGACGCCGGCGUGCCGCUUCUUGUCUUGUUUGGUGUUUUGCUGGGCCUGGCAAUGGUGGCCGAAAGUAGAUGAUCGUUUUCUGAAUGGAACUCGCAUGACUUUUGGAA